GACUAGGUGGCGGUGUUCGCAGAUUUUACAGUUGUCUAGCAGCUGUGCAAUACGAUGAAGAAGAACAAAAAGUUUACUCUGUCUCGGUAAAGAUACAGUUAAGUUCCGUGAGACCCACGAAGCUGUUACCGUAAAAAUGUCGCUGCGGUAUUUGGACAAAGUGGCCAUAGUAACUGGAGGAUCGAAAGGCAUUGGCAAAGGCACCGUUCGAGUGUUUGUGCAAAAUGGAGCCAAGGUGGUGUUUUGCGCCAGAGGACGUGCAGAUGGCGAGACUCUUGAGGCAGAGCUAAACAAAGAAGGACCUGGCAGUUGCACAUUUGUCUCAUGUGACAUGUCCAAAGAAGACAACAUCGAGAGACUGAUCAACUUCACAGUAGAACGUCAUGGACGUAUUGACUGCCUUGUGAACAAUGCAGGGUGGCACCCACCUCAUAAACCUAUUGACCAGACCACAGCAGAGGAAUUUCGGGAUUUGUUGAACCUGAACGUUGUCAGCUACUUCUUGGCUUCUAAAUAUGCUUUGCCACACCUGAGAAAGUGCCAGGGGAAUAUCAUCAAUGUUUCCAGUCUGGUGGCUACAAUUGGGCAGAUUGAUGCUGUGAGCUAUGUUGCCACUAAGGGGGCAAUUAUCUCCAUGACGAAGGCAAUGGCUGUAGAUGAAAGCCAAUACAAUGUUAGAGUCAACUGCAUCUCACCAGGGAACGUGAUGACACCUCUGUGGGAGGAGUUAGCAGGGCAGACGGCAGAUGCUGCAGCUGCCAUUAAAAAUGGACAAAAUUGUCAGCUCUUUGGUCGAAUGGGGACAGAGGAAGAAUGUGGACGGGCUAUCUUGUUUCUUGCAGUUGAUGCAACAUUCUGCACAGGCAUCGACCUCCUCUUCAGUGGAGGAGCUGAACUCAACUAUGGCUACAAGACACGUAUUCUGUCCUGACCUAGCUGUGAUCAAGAUCUGAAUAUAAAUCUCACUGGGGUCAUACACUUCGCAAGCAAUAAAAGCCUUAAACACAUGGUCAGGAAAA